GUCCUGCGCCGCGUCCAACCCGCCCGCCCGACCCCGGCCCGACCCCGGCCGGCUCCGCCCGCCCGGCCCCGGGGAGGGAUGAGGCGGCGCGGCGCCCAGGAUGCCCCGCAGCCCCGGGACGCGCCUCAAACCCGCCAAGUACAUCCCGGUGGCCACGGCCGCCGCGCUGCUGGUCGGCUCCAGCACCCUGUUCUUCGUGUUCACGUGCCCGUGGUUGACACGAGCUGUGUCCCCAGCUGUUCCUGUCUACAAUGGCAUCAUCUUCCUGUUUGUCCUGGCCAACUUCAGCAUGGCCACCUUCAUGGACCCUGGCGUCUUCCCCCGAGCGGACGAGGACGAGGACAAGGAGGAUGACUUCCGAGCCCCGCUAUACAAAAAUGUGGAUGUGCGAGGCAUCCAGGUCCGCAUGAAGUGGUGUGCCACCUGCCACUUCUACCGCCCACCGCGCUGUUCCCACUGCAGUGUCUGUGACAACUGCGUAGAGGACUUCGACCACCACUGCCCCUGGGUCAACAACUGCAUUGGGCGCCGCAACUACCGCUACUUCUUCCUGUUCCUGCUGUCGCUCAGUGCACACAUGGUGGGCGUCGUGGCCUUUGGCCUGGUCUACGUGCUGAACCACGCGGAGGGGCUGGGUGCUGCUCACACGACCAUCACCAUGGCUGUCAUGUGUGUGGCCGGCCUCUUCUUCAUCCCUGUCAUCGGCCUAACUGGCUUCCACGUGGUGCUGGUCACUCGCGGGCGCACCACCAACGAGCAGGUGACGGGGAAGUUCCGCGGGGGCGUGAACCCCUUCACCCGAGGCUGCUGUGGGAACGUGGAGCACGUGCUGUGCAGCCCCCUGGCGCCCCGAUACGUAGUGGAGCCACCCCGGCUGCCACUUGCCAUGAGCCUGAAGCCACCCUUCCUUCGGCCUGAGCUCCUGGAACGAGCUGCACCGCUCAAGGUCAAGCUCAGUGACAAUGGGCUGAAGGCUGGCCUGGGCCGCAGCAAGUCCAAGGGCAGUCUGGACCGGCUGGACGAGAAGCCGCUGGACCUGGGGCCGCCGCUGCCCCCCAAGAUAGACGCCGGCACGUUCGGCAGCGACCUGCAGACACCGCGCCCAGGCAGUGCUGAGAGCGCCCUGUCAGUGCAGAGGACCAGCCCCCCGACACCUGCCAUGUACAAGUUCCGGCCGGCCUUCUCCACGGGGCCCAAGUCACCCUUCUGCGGGCCGGGUGAGCAGGUCCCAGGCCCCGACUCCCUGACCCUGGGGGACGACAGCAUCCACAGCCUGGACUUUGUGUCUGAGCCCAGCCUCGACCUUCCUGACUACGGGCCCGGCGGCCUCCACGCGGCCUACCCACCGUCCCCGCCACUCAGCGCCUCUGAUGCCUUCUCGGGUGCGUUGCGCUCCCUGAGCCUCAAGGCCGCAGGCCGGAGGGGCGGGGACCACGUGGCCUUGCAGCCCCUGCGCUCCGAGGGUGGGCCGCCCACGCCCCACCGCAGCAUCUUCGCCCCCCACGCACUGCCCAACCGCAACGGCAGCCUCUCCUACGACAGCCUGCUCAACCCCGGCUCGCCCGGCGGCCACGCCUGCCCGGCCCACCCCUCGGUCGGUGUGGCCAGCUACCGCUCGCCCUACCUGCACCCUGGGGCGGCGGGCGACCCGCCACGGCCCCCACCCCGCAGCUUCAGCCCCGUGCUGGGCCCCCGGCCACGGGAGCCUUCGCCCGUGCGCUACGACAACCUGUCCAGGACCAUCAUGGCGUCCAUCCAGGAGCGCAAGGACAGGGAGGAGCGCGAGCGGCUGCUGCGCUCCCAGGCUGACUCACUCUUCGGCGACUCGGGCGUGUACGACGCGCCCAGCUCCUACAGCCUGCAGCAGGCCAGCGUGCUGUCCGAGGGCCCCCGGGGCCCUGUGCUGCACUACGGCUCCAGGGAUGACCUCGUGGCUGGGCCCGGCUUCGGGGGCGCCCGCAACCCUGCCCUGCAGACGUCGCUGUCCUCGCUGUCCAGCUCUGUGAGCCGGGCACCGCGGACGUCCUCCUCCUCCUUGCAAGCCGACCAGGCCAACAACAACGCCGUGGUGACCCGGCCUGGCAGUGGCUCACACAGGUCGCCUGGGCGCCAGGGUCUGCCUUCCCCACCUGGCACUCCCUGCUCACCCUCCUUCUCGGGCCCCAAAGCCGUCGCCUUCAUCCACACGGACCUCCCAGAGCCGCCGCCCUCACUGGCCGUGCAGAGGGACCACCCUCAGCUGAAGACCCCCCCAAGUAAGCUUAACGGGCAGUCCCCGGGCGUGGCCCGGCUGGGGCCUGUCUCUGGCCCCCCAGGGCCCUCCGCCAGCCCCACCCGGCACACGCUGGUUAAGAAGGUGUCCGGCGUGGGUGGGACCACGUACGAGAUCUCGGUGUGAGGACUGACCACCACCCGUCGGCCGUGGCACCAUGGGGACCAGGGCCCCCAGCAGCCCUCCCCCCACCGACCUCUGUGCCCCAGGGACAGGAGGCCACCUCGGCCCGUGUGGAGGCAUCAGCAGGAGCGAGCGCCACGCCUCCACAGCUUGCCCCAAGCCUUCCGCCUGCCCCUCCACGUGUCUGCCCCUGGGGCACGCAGGACCCUGGCCCAGGCUGGGCCCAGGGCUGCGGGCCUGUGUCGCUGGGCCCUGUCAGCUGUGUGCCCCCCGGCUGUAGCCAGGCCAGCCCACAGCAGCCCACGGCCCCAGCCAUUCCCCUUACAGACGGGUCCCUGAGGCCCAGAGGCACACAGAGGUGCCCAGGGCCCCCGCCACCCUCCUGGCGCAGCCUGCGGGCUCUGGGACGGAAGGUCCCCUCGAGGCUCCUCCUAAUCCGUUGCCUUUCACGGGCCCCCUGGAAGCUUGUAGCUUGGCAGGGCUGGUGCUUCUGCAGGAAGUCCAGCCCCGUCUACUCUGGGUUGUGACAGACGGGUGGACAGACGGACAGCCAGCCAGCUGUGGCAGGGGUCCCAGCUCUGUGUGUCCCGUCUCGCCCGGCCAGUGGGCUCAUGUCCCCAUGUCUGUGUGCCGAGCUGCCAUGCUGUGUCCGACGUGUCAGCGCUCCAGCCGCCGCUGUCCCUUUCAUUGAAGCCUUAACCUCUGCUUUAUGCUCUUGUGGAGGCGACAGAGGGCAGGCCGGAGCGGGUGUGGGUGAUGCUGCCACAGGGGCGGGUGGCACCUGCAGCCCUUGCCCUGGCCCUCAGGCCCUCCCUGCCAGGCUGGAGAGUCCCUGCCCCUGGUAUGCCAGCCCCCGGCCCCGGCCCGGCGGCGGCAUGUGCCGCAUGGAAAGCACAUCGGGGAAGGGUCAGUGCAUCCCCUGGCGUCAGGGACCUGAGAGUAAGCACACGACAGCGUCCGCUUGCGUUGUGUCUGUUUUAUGUUUUUAUAUCUACAUCUAUAUAUCUAUAAUUUUAUUAAAAAAAACCAAAAAGA